UUAGGAAUAAGAAUGCUGAUAAGAUCAUACAAAUCAACAAGGGAAAUGGCGACCUCAGUCGAUGGGACUAAGACUGUGGGUGAAGCUGCUGGGACCACACCCUAUGACUAUGAGGGGGCACUGCCAUGUGAAAAAAGCAACAUCAAGGAGCUGGGGGCUCAGUUCCUGCCCCCACUGUAUUCCCUGGUGUUCACGGUUGGUCUGUUGGGCAAUGUAGUGGUGGUGGUGAUCCUCACAAAAUACAACAAGCUCCGGAUUAUGACCAACAUCUACCUGCUCAAUCUGGCCAUUUCCGACUUGCUCUUCUUAUUCACUCUGCCGUUCUGGAUUCACUAUGUUGGGUGGAAUGAGUGGGUUUUUGGCCACCAUAUGUGUAAGUUGCUCUCUGGGCUCUAUUACAUGGGCUUGUACAGUGAGAUCUUCUUCAUCAUACUCCUGACCAUAGACCGGUAUCUGGCCAUCGUGCACGCCGUGUUUGCCCUUCGAGCCCGGACGACCACUUUUGGUAUCAUCACAAGCAUCUUCACCUGGGUCCUGGCAGGGUUAGCAGCCCUCCCUGAAUUUAUCUUCCAUGAGUCCCAAGAGGAGUUUGAACAGACUUUCUGCAGUCCUCUUUACCCAAAGAAUGGAGAGAAUGCCUGGAAGUGUUUCCAUGCUCUGAGGUUGAAUAUCCUGGGUCUCGCUCUGCCUCUGCUCAUUAUGGCCAUCUGCUACUCAGGAAUCAUUAAAACACUGCUGAGAUGCCCCAGUAAAAAAAAAUACAAGGCCAUCCGGCUCAUUUUUGUCAUCAUGGUGGUCUUCUUUAUUUUCUGGACACCCUACAAUCUGGUUGUCCUCCUCUCAACUUUUCAAGUGCACCUGGAGACUGAGUGUGAGCAGAGCAGACAGCUGGACCUGGCCAUGCUGGUGACGGAGGUGAUCGCCUACACCCACUGCUGUGUCAACCCCGUGAUCUACGCCUUCGUUGGUGAGAGGUUCCAGAAGCACCUCCGCCACUUUUUCUACAGGCAUGUGGCCAUCUACAUGGGCAAAUUCAUCCCAUUUCUUCCUAGUGAAAAACUGGAAAGAGCCAGCUCUGUCUCCCCGUCAACAGGGGAGCAGGAACUCUCUGCUGUAUUUUAG